GCCAAUUCCAAAUACAAUGCAAGAAAUUACAGUCCCAAUAAUCAGCCAAGAAGAAUGCAGAAAUGUCUCUCAACUUGAAGAAAUAAUAACAAACUCUACCAUUUGCACUGGAGGAUUUGAGGAUGAAAAAGGAGCAUGCAGGGGUGAUAGUGGUGGGCCUCUGAUGUGUAAACGUGAUGGUAUAUGGUUUGUUGCUGGUGUUACUAGUUUCACUAAAAACCCGUGUGCUUCUGACGUUGGUGGUUAUACAAGAGUAUCCAGCUACACCGAACUGAUAAAUGAUAUACUUAGUGGCAAAAUUUUUGUAUGUGGUGAUUUUGAAUUUAUACUAUUGGAACAAGUGUGUGAUGGAAUCAUCGAUUGUGCUGACUUCAGUGACGAGCUACAGUCUUGCCCUUGUAGCGACGACAGAUUUCAGUGUGCGAAUGGUGUCUGUAUUGCCGCUGCAAAACGAUGUGACCGAGAAAAUAACUGUCUCGAUUGGUCAGAUGAACAAGGCUGCUGGAAUGUUACUUCUGAAAAAUGUGGAUCACAACCUUUCUUACCUGCUGAAGAUAGGAUUGUUGGAGGCGAAGAUGUACCACCAGGGAAAUGGCCGUGGAUUGGUUCAAUCACAGUAUAUGGAUCUCAUUAUUGUGGUGCUGCAUUAAUUGAUCGUGAAUGGGCAUUGACAGCUGCUCAUUGUCUUGGUAGAAUAGACUACAUCAGUUUCGGCACCACAGAUCUUGAGUUUCAUUCUUCAGUCUUUUAUGAGGAGGUUGGCGUAGCUGAGGCACUUCCCCAUCCAGACUAUGAUGAUUAUACGUUAGCGAAUGACAUUGCCCUUCUGAGACUAGAAAGACCAGUCAAUUACAGUGCAUUUAUACAGCCUAUUUGCUUUGGUGAAGAUUUUGCAGUCGGUACUGAAUGUGUGAGUGCUGGUUGGGGUCGACUGUAUGAAUACG